GGGGAGCAUGGCAAUGGGCUGCCCACGCGCCAGUGCCCGUCGCAUUGAUGACGCGAUUCUUCCAUGAUGUAGUUCCCUGGUGGCAUCUCAUCAGUCCAGCCUUUGUCAUAUUUGUCGUGCUGCCACUGCUCUACUGGAUAACGACGAAGCGCGGCGCGUGGUCGGGCUGGCAUGAACUAGCAGAAAGUCACGGCGUCGACGCGUGGCCGGGCGACGCAAGCGAUCUGGGCGCACCGCGCUACUGCCGGAUCCGACGACGGGACGGCUGCGCGCCGCAGAAAUUCGACCGGCAGCUGCGCGUCGCCGCGGCGCCGACGGCGCUGUGUCUGCGCGUCGAAUGCUGCGCCACGGGCAUGAUGAGGCCACUCGCGGUGCCGUGGCGCGCGGUGCGCGAUGAUGGGUUCCAAUCUACGUGCGGCAUCCCGCUCGGGCAGCUCGCGCUCGGCGACGACGUGUUCGUGACGCUCGACUGGGCGAUUCAUGCCGGGGUGCUGGCGGCGAAGGGUGCUGUGUAAG